UUUGGAAGCAUUGCUGUGGGACUUCAAAGAUGUGUUCGGUAUCAAGUAGUAAGACCUCUCAAACCAACCAUCUCAAGUUUCAUCUGGAUACUGGGGACGCCAAGCCUAUUCUCAAGCAUCCAACCCGAUUUAUGUCGCAUUCCGACCUAACCAUAUUGCGACAAGAAAUUGACACCAUGGUUUCCAAUGGUUUGCUGAUGCCAGCCGUCCAUGUCCCAGGGAAGGACCAGCGUACAGUAGGUGGAUGGGCAUUUCCAGCUUUGUACGUUAACAAGAAAAAUGGCGAGAAGCGUUUGUGCAUGCACUUUCAAGAUUUAAACGCGUUGACCAUUCAAGAUCCUUGUCCAUUACCUGCUAUUUAGGAUGUCUUGGAGUCUUUUGCUGGUGCGAAGCUCUUUUCGACCAUGAAUCUGCUGAAGGGUCUUAACCAAAUCGCAGCUGAUGAGGAAACGAUUCCUAAGCUAUCAGUGACGACCCCUUGGGGAACGUAUUGGUAUAAAGUUAUGCCCUUUGGUAGCAUAAAUGGCCCUGCGGUAUUUUCUAAGGCUAUUUUUUUGGCCAUGGAAAGCUUUUUGAACAAGUUCGUCUCCACGUAUAUUGAUGACGUCACGGUCUUCAGCCAGGACUUUCAGCAGCAUUCAAACCACCUCCGGCAAGUAUCCGCGCGAUGUAGGGAGGUCAACAUGAAGCUGCGCCCAAAGAAAAGCGAGUUUGUCUGCGACUAGGUCACUGUCUUAGGAUAUGUAGUCUCAGCACGAGGAAUCGAGCCACACCCAGCCAAGGUGCGAGCGAUAGAAGAGUUUCCU